AGUUUGCCAGAUCCGGGCCGGUGCCUGGGUUCCAGGGGGACACGCUGCUUCUGGCCUUCAUCGACUUGAGACAACUGCUGGACCUCUUCCUCCAGUGGGACUGGUCGACGUACCUGGCCGACUACGGGCAGCCCACCUGCAAGUACCUCCGGGUGAAUCCCACCACCGCGCUGGCCUUGCUGGAAAAGAUGAAGGACACCAGCCGCAAGAACAGCGUCUUCGCCCAGUUCCGGAAGAACGAGAGGGACAAGCAGAAGCUGAUUGAGGCCGUGGCCAAGCAGCUGCGUAUCCUCAUCAGCACCAGCCACCAUUCCUGAGGGGCCACGAGGCGCCUGGGGGCCCUGGGUGGGUGGAGGGGGGCUUGCGGGGUGGGGCCUGUGCCCAGGUACAAUGGGGAAGCGGGCGCAGCGGCUCCAGGGAACCAGCAUGGCUGCCGGAGGAUGCAGCAUGUGGGACUGCUUAGUGGUGGCUCGCUUGGGAAAGACUGCUGCUGGAGCUGGAAGCUCAGAGCCCCCGAGAGCCUCCCUGGAAGGCCAAGGGGCCCAUCAGCACUUCCGGGCUCCUAGACGCACCUUGGCAAUGAAGCACUAAUGCAGGGUGUCCGACCUCGGCCACUUUAAGAGUUUUGGACUUCAGUUCCCAGAAUUCCCUGGUCAGCCUGUCUGGUUGGCUGGGGAAUUCUGGGAGCUGAAGUCCCCAAGUCUUAAGGUGACCAAAGUUGGACGCUUCUGGUUUAAAGGGAACAAUUUACACUUUCAAAGGGAAACAUUGACAAGAAACACCCCUGUGGGGUGCCCAGACCCCCCUCCCUUCAGCCCCCAUUCUCUCUCCUUCCCCUCUUCCUCCUCUGGCCGCAU